GAGGGAGGGCAGUGCAGAAGUCGUGUAGCACAACUGGUAGUACAACGAGUGAAACCUCCUCCAUCAUGAGUUCUGCAAGUGGAGAACCUACAACAGUGAAGACAGGGGAGGCUCCUGCUCCUGAUUCAGCUCCAGCCAAACAGGGCUGGAAGUGUCCCCUGAGCGACGCUCACGUCCACCGGGAAGAUGUGAGGAAGGUGUGGAGAGAGUGCCAAGAGGAAAGCUUCUGGUAUAGAGCUCUCCCCCUGUCUGUGGGCAGCAUGGCUGUCACUGGUGGUCUCAUCUACAACGGUGUUUGGAAAUCGUCAGCAAGGUUUGGCCCUUUUCCAAAGCUAGCAGUUGCGGGUCUCCUCGGGUUUGCAGUGGGAAAAGCUUCGUAUGUUGGAACUUGUCGGAGCAGGUUCCAGGAGCUCGGUAUUAAAGACGGCCCGGGAACUGGGCCCUGGUCCAGAAGAGGUCCGUCAGGUCCAGGACUCAGACAGUGCCAACAUGAGUGUGACGAAUGCAAGAAAAAACCUCAGGCUGCACCAGCAGAGCAAGCUUAAAGUUAAAUGCGCACAAAGCUAAUCUCAACAGUUCUAUAAAAAUGAGACCCCAGCAUCACCAUGGAAGGAAGCAGCUGUGUGUAUUUACCUGUUGCAGCAUGUCUGGACAUCGAAUGUGAAUGAACUCCAUGGAAGCUUUCUAGUGUCCUUUUGUUGUGUGUGUGUGUGUGUGUGGGUGUGUGUGUGUGUGUGUGUGUGUGUGUGUGUGCGUGUGUGUGGGUGUGUGUGUGCGUGUGUGUGUGGGUGUGUGUGUGUGUGUGUGUGUUUUUUUUGUUUGUUUGUUUCCUUCUUCAUAAAAUCCAGUAGAGGGCGCAAGAAGACUUUCAGUAGAAAUGCAAAUGUUUUCCGUUUUAUCUGAGUACCGUAAAUGCAACCUUGUAAAAAGAGUGCAAAGUCUCUUUUGUAGGUUUAAUUAUUAUCAACAUCCAAACAAACAGGAAACUUCCUAUGAUAUAAUCUGAGUAGGUAACCUGUGCUACCCAUUGUUAUUGUUUUUUGCCUGCUGAGCAAAUGAUAAAAACUUUGCCAUUUGCGUCUAUGUACACUGAGGAGAAAUAUGUCAUUUUGUGAUGUUGAAUCAUCCUCCUAUUGCAACAUUACACGCUUAUGACUUUA